GUCCUCCUAGAGCCUGUGUUCUCUAUAACCCGUAGAGAGACUCUGUUUACCUAUAGCCUGUGUCCUCUAGUCAGUCAGUCGGUCUUCCUAUUGAAACCUACAUUACAGCCCAUCCUGUGUUUUAGUCCGGGUUGGUGGGCAUCUGAACCCUAACCCUCAUGGAGAAGUUUCAGGCUGGUAUGGUCCUAGCGGGGGUGGGGGACGCGCUGGGCUACCGUAAGGGCCGCUGGGAGAGCUGCCCCUCUGGGACACAGAUCCAGGAAGAGCUGGCCUCUCUGGGGGGCCUUGGGGCUCUGAAACUGGACCCUGACAACUGGCCCCUCAGCGACGGAGCCCUGAUGCACAUGACCACCGCUGAGGCCCUCAUCACAGGUUCUGGGUUUGGAGCAGCCACCAAGGCCAUGUGUGUGGGGAUGAAGUACUGGCAGCCUGAGAGGCUGGACAACCUAGUGGAGGUCAGCAUUGAGAUGGGGCGCAUGACCCACAACCACCCUACAGGUACCAUGACCCACAACCACCCUACAGGUACCAUGACCCACAACCACCCUACAG